UUGGCUUGGGUGAGAAGAAGAGGCAGCAGCAGCAGCGGCAGCCUCUCGGGCUGCAUCUAAAACUCGGGCUCCUGGGGGGCUGCGGGAGAUCCGGAGUCUGCAGCCGGCGAGAGGUGCAGAGCACAAGAAGGCAUUUCCAACUCCUGUAUCUUGCCCUGAAGACCCUGAAGGCGCUGCUUGGAUUGGGCCAUUCGCCUUGCGACACCAACAGAACAACAUCAUCCCCCUACCAGAUGAUUUCCCCAUCUCUGCUGCGGACUUAAGCUUCCAUUUGGUGGCUAGUUUUACCAGAGAACUUGCUCCGAGGAAUUGGGGGUGGGCAGGCACCCCCACCCACCCCCAACAGGAGCCUGCCGACAAGCCCCCUUUCUUCUCCCUGCAAGUCUGUCCGCUCCCCUCCUUUACCUCUGCUUUUGCCUUUGGGGAGACGCAAGAGGGUACCCCUUGGGUGGCCAGAUUUGGCCCACGGGCCUCGCCUUGCCGACCUCCGACACGAGACAGGGAUUUCCCUCGCGGGUUGACACAAUAUGGCUACGGGGAGAGGGGAAACGGCUGCCCUCCACCUGCAGUUCCAGGGUGCUCCAGAACCAGGAAUGCAGCCAGCGAUGAAAAUGGAGGCGCAAGACCCAUCUGCUCAUGAACUAGGGGGAGGGGCAGCUUCCCGCUUCCUUCCGGUUGGCUCCAUGCGGGAGUUUUUGGCCGGGGAAGCUCCUCAGCAGGUGAAGCAGGAGCCAGACGAGGGUCUGCAGCAGCACUGGGAGACCCAGAGGCAGGAGUUCCCCAAGGCAGUGCCCUAUCCCCAGCCAGGGUGGCGGAACCCACCAUUGCCCAAGCCCUUGCAGUGGGACACCAAUUCAUUCCAGACCUCCUAUGAGGCGGCUGCCAACCCGAGCCAGUGGCCCCCCGGAGGGUGGGUAGCCCAGAGCCUGUCAGGCCUCAGCCGGGAAACCCAGCCAGUCUACGGCGGCUCAGGGCACCGAGAGCGGAGGGGCUAUGGGAGCGUGAAGGAGGAGACCCCUGGUGACGACACGGUCAGCAUGGAGACGCGGCGCCAGCGCUUCCGGCGCCACCGCUACCAGGAGGCCGAGGGGCCCCGGGAGGUCUGCCGGCAGCUCCAGGAGCUCUGCCACCAGUGGCUGAGGCCCGAGAGGCACAGCAAGGAGCAGAUCCUGGAGGCUGUGGUCGUGGAGCAGUUCCUGACAGUCCUGCCCCAGGAAAUCCAGAACUGGGUCCGGGAGCACAGCCCAGAAACCUGCGCCCAAGCAGUCGCCUUGUCGGAAGACUUCCUGAUGAGGCAGCGAGAAGCCCAGAGAAAAGAACAGCAGGCUCUAUGGACGUUUGAUGAGGUGGUGGUGAACACCCCCAUGGCGCAGCAAUACCCCUCUGUGGCGCAACAGGUGCACUACCCAACAGUGGCGCUGCCAAUGCAGUACCCGCCCCUGGCCCAGCCGGUGCCGUUUCCUGCCAUCGGACCGCAGGCUCCGAAUCCUGUUGUGCCGGAGAGAGCACCGCCCGUCGCCGGGAGAACGCUGAUCUGCCGGGAACCUGUGCCUGAGGGAGGCAGGAGUCUCAGGCCGUAUGGCCCCAUUCAAGAGUUCCGGAGGCCCCUCACGAACGCCGAGAGGAUGCGGAACCGGCGGAUGCGGAACCGGAAGCAGCGCCUUGAGACCAGCAUGCAGCUGGUGGAGUCGGCUUCGAGGGCCCCUUCCAUGCUUUUGGACGCCAUGCGCGGCUUGCACCGCCAGGACCUGAAGGCCUUUGACAGGGCCAGGCAAGAGGAGAGGCAGCACAGGAAGCAGGAGAGGCGCCAGGACAGGGCCACGGCCCAGCUGAUGGUCAACGCUAUUGAGCGUUCCCACAACGACCUGGGCGAGUUCCUGGGGAGGCAAACGGCCACCAUGGCAGCCAUCGCGGCAGUGUUCGCCGGCCAGAGGUCUCCGUCGCAAGGAGCAUCCCUUGGCAGCUCGUACCAGGGGAACAGCAACCCACCUUGGGGCCCGCCGGAGGCUGGGACCCCCCUACCUCCCAGUCACGUGCCCGGCAUGCCUUCAGAGCCCGUGGCAGGCUCAGCCAUUCCGUGCCCGGUGCCUCCUCUGGCGACCCCAGGUGGAAUUUGCAACCCCAUCCCAGAACCUCCUCCUACGGACGGACCCCGAGAGGAUGCCGCUCCAGACUCGCCCACGCCAUCAACUUCUGACACCGCGUCGCGUACGCUAGACACGCGGCCGAGCAGAGGGACAAAAAGGAAGAUGUGGGAAUGACAAGGGGCACCCUUCUCCCUCUUGUAGUUUGCAUUUGGAUUUUGAUGGGAUUUUCUCAACGGGCAGGGCUGCCAGAACCCUGUUGCUCUUUUCCCAUCCACCUCCCACUUACCCUGGUUUUAACAGACAGCCCGUCUAUCUAUGCAAAAGAAAAAAAGCAAAAGCAAAAAGCUGCAUGGUCAGGUUGCAUAUUGGUAGCCAGUGAGAGCUGUAGGGUUCAGAGUCUGUGCCAUUCCAACAGAUAAAGAGGUGAGCUUUGAUCCAGGAGACCUGGGUGAGUGGACCAGUAGACCUGUUGAGCCAAGUUGCAUCUGCCUUUCUGUAAAAUGGGAAUAACCAGCCUACCUCACAAAAGUGUUUGAGGAGGGGUGCUUUGCAAAUGCAAGAGCCCCAUAAACACAUGCAACGUUGACUUGGUUGUACUUAGCAAGUCAACCUCUAUUGCUUAGAGAUUUUUUUAAAAAAAAUUAAGCGGUGGAGAAAUGCUUUUAAAUAUUAAAAUAAUAAUUUAAAGGAGGGCCAAGGGCAAGAGCUGUUUCAGUGAAGCAGUGUCUUGUGCCAAAGCCUUCAAAGGUGGCCAUGUCGAUACGGCAAUUUCUUAACAGCGUUUUAUUUAUUAUAUAAUAUUUAUUAUAAGAUGUUUUUAAAUACCCCUGUACUAGCUGUCCGUAGUGGCUAACCAAGCCAAAAAGUUACAACAGUAUUUACUAUCAAAUGAUGUACCCGUAAUACAAAAAGAGAGUAUUUUAAACACCAGAAGCCAACAAAAGAUUUUUUUAAAAGAGAGCAGUGUAGCAGAGAAGAACAUUGUACCCUUUCUAUUGGGCUCGUCACCGGUGCUAUCCCAUGAGUAUGGCCAGCAUUAUACCCAUUUUACAGAUGGGGAAAACUGAGGCUGAGCAUCGGUAGUGAGGUAUUUUUUUGUUUUUUUGUUCCAAGCUCUAAUAUUUUAAUUGUCGUUGUGAAAAGGUGGGUUGCUGCUGCUUACUGGGAGAAGGUGGAGAGAAAGAAGGCAAAGAAUUUGAUGUGCUGCAAAUGCACCAGUGGAGCCCACUGGGUGCUUCUGCUGGUGCUUUUGCACCGCACUGACUUCUCCACCUCUUUUUUAACUGACCCUCCUGCUUGAGCUGCAGCCAUUAGCUCAGGGCUGGGGAACAUUUUGGACCCCACCCCGGAUGUUGCUAGACUAGGGCUCCUCCAUUGUCUUCCGAGACGGACGGACGCCAAUCAACAACAGCUCCCAGCACCCAGGCAAGUUCCACCUGCAUUUUUUGCAAUUCUAGAUUCAAGCACAGCUCGGCUUUUCCCAAGCCAGGCUGGCUUCCUCACCGAAAUGUACCGAAGAUGUCAAAACCAGCCUUUCCUUCACCAGAAGCAGCAACAGCUUUUUAAAGACAAUCUGCCUUUUAAGAACCCGGGAGGUUUUCCCCCCUAAGACUGGCACUUGAGACUUGGCAUUUUGGAGCCCUCCUGGACCAUGCCGUUCGGUUUUGAUGGAUUUUUUUUUAAAAAAAUAAGUACUGUUUUUAAAUUAACUCUGUUAACCUGUCCAGCUUGCAAAACGUGUAUUUAUUUGUAAAUGUAUUCUGAGCUUUUUAAGUGGGAAGGAAUAAAAGAAUGAUCCGGUGGAGAGUUGGGGCAAACUUUGAGGGUAGGAUCGCUGGGGUUGGGUUGGGUUUGGCAAAAGAUUAAGACCAGGAGUAGGAAACCUGAAGGCCUCUGGAUGUUGCUGGACUCCAGCUCCCAUCAUCUUUGAGCAUAGGUUGUGCUGCCUGGGGCUGAUGGGAACUGGAGUCCAGCAACACCUGGAGGGCAGCGGGAUCCCCAUCUCCAAAACUGAUUUCCAUUUGCGCUAAAAGCCACAGAUCUUUUCAGUCUCAAAAUGCAGAGAGGGGGAAAUCAAACAGUGAAAACAGUCCAGAGGUGUGAGUUCUCUCCAUGUCAGAACACCCACGUGCAAAUGUUGGGAGAAAACAAAAAUUAUAUAUCAGGUCUGGGAAGCAUGUGGACCUCCCAAUGAUGAUGUUAGACUCCAACUCCCAUGAUCCCUGAGCAAUUGGCCACGCUGCCUGGGGCUGAUGGGAGUUGGAGUCCAGAAGCACCUGGACUCCAGCCCUGUUAUGCACCUUAAUGACACUCUCUGUUUACCUUUGAAGCAGCUUAGCAGGAAGUAACGCCAGACAAGGUUGGAUGAGAGACGAGUUAUCAGCCAGAUCAGGCAUAGGCAACCUUGGCUCUCCACAUGUUUUGGAACUGGGCCAGUGGUCAGGGAUCAUGGGAGUUGUAGUUCCAAAACAUCUGGAGAGCCAAGGUUGCCUAUGCCUGAGCCAUAUCAUUCUCAGCCAUGCUGAACCCAGGAGGAGUCUAUCAUUUGGAGCAAGAGCUGUGCCACUUCAGACUGCUUGUGUAACAAUAUGCUCCAUGCACGCACGCACGCACGCACACACACACAAAACGUCCCUGAACAUAGAAAAGUAGCUGGUGAGAAGGAAAGGCCUCCAGCCUAGAUCCCCCCUCCCCCAAGGAAAAAAAAGGCUAGUUUUUCAUGUUUACCAUCCACCUUCAACAUGAUGCUCUCCUGAUGAUGCCCAUAUCUCCAGGGUAGGGAAGAUUUAUUUAUAACAAUAUUUGUAUACUGUAGUUCCGUAAAAAAAAAAACCUACAGCAAUUAUCUAUAUGCAAUAAACAAAAACCCCACACGCAGAAAUUAAAAAAGUAUCAAUUGCCAGCUAACUAUUACUGAAAAUGUAUGGUGGAGAUAGAGGAAGUUGUGGCCUGAAGUUGCUACGGGCCCAAUUCCCAUCAAUAGGUUGGGGCUGGCUGGGGCUGAUGACAUCUUGAAAAGGUCCACAGGUUCCCUGAUCCUGCUGAAGAUGUAUAGCCCAGACACAGGCUUUCCCUCCUCAGCAAGAACCCAGCCUUUCCCCUCAAAAAGAGCAGCUGAUGAGGCCCACUAGGCCAUGCCUUGCUGUGUGCAAAUCUGCCAAUUGCUAAUGCCCAGAGCAUUUCCCAUAAUUCCCUGUCAGGCACUCAGGGUCUCUCCUUAGCUGUCUUCUCAGUGAGGAAGAGCAUUUCCCAUAAUCCCCUGCAAUGGUUCCCUGUCAGGCACUCAGGGUCUCGCCUUAGCUGUCUUCUCAGUGUGGAAGCCAGUUUGAGGACCUAGAUGGGCAAUUGGUUUUGCUCGUUUGGAGCAGGGGUGGGGAAUCUCUGGCCUCUUCCUGUUGCUGGGCUCCAGUUCCCCAUAAGCCCCAGUCAGCAUGGCCAAUGGGCAGAGAUCAUAGUCCAAUAAGGUCUGGAGUUCCACAGCCCCCCCCCCCAUCCUUGAUUCAAGAGAAAGCAACUUCCAAAGGGGCUCCAUAUCUAUUCUACCGUAGGAUUUUUCAAAGCAACAGUUACUUCUGGGCUAUUUGACUUCUCUCCCCUCUUUGUAAAACAAAAGCAACAUUCAUGGAGCAUUGUCAGUCUCCAAAGAUGCCCAGGGUCAUUGGCUUUCCAAUUGGGGUUUCUCAGAUGAAUUCCCCCCCCCCUCCCCACGUCACAAGUUUUGAAACUAUUCAAUAAAGUUUGUAAUUUUUCUGUGUGGUCUUGCUUUAUUUAUCUUGUUCAGCCCUCUUCUCCCCCCACCAAAAAACCAAAACAAAACCCUUGGUGGUGGCACUUUCAAAAUUGCAUCAAUUCAAAACAGAACCUCAUCCCCAGGAAUUCCCUUGCUAGUCAAUUAAUUGGGUCAGAGAUGGGAAACCUUUCUCUGGGUGUGAGGGAUGCAUUCUUCCAUGGGUGAUCAGUUGGGGCAUGCAAGCGAAUGCUGGCUGCUUCCAGAACCAGAAGGUCUCCCCUACCCUCCUCUG